AUGGUUGGCAUCAAUGCGCGACACCUUGUGCACGUAGCAAGGGCGGCUAUGACAUACACCUCGACCGUACUGCCCGGCCACCCCUGCUCGACGGGCAGCAAUUCCACCGCCACACAGGCAAGCUUUGCCAACAACACCAUUACAGGUGCCCCCCAGACAGUGUGCUAUACAAGCACGCCCGUCGCGACGAACACCAGCUACGCGACGCCGGGCGGAGGCUGUACGCUAGCAGGGCCGGACAGCGAGUUCAGCGAGUCGAAGAUUGGCAAUGACGGGUACGGCAAUGACGUCUACGCGGUCACCUACGGCAGCGCCGGCGGCAGCUCGACCAUGUCGACGAGCUACGCGGGCGCAAGCACCUCGUUAGUGUGCAUCACGGCAACGCCGCUGCAGACAGCAACGACGUCGGAGGCUCCGUCGACCAGUGCGCCGCCGCCGCCGCCUCCCUCGACGAGCGUGCCGCCGCCGCCGCCUCCGACGACGAGUGCGCCCCCACCGCCGCCUCCGACAAUCGUCGUCUCGCCUAUGCCGCCAAGUACCACAAGUUCCAGCUCAUCAAGCUCCAGCUCAGAAAGCUCCAGCUCCAGCUCCAGCUCAGAGAGCUCCAGCUCCACAAGCAGCGCGCCGACAAACAUGCCAACAGUGGUCAGCUGCCCCGCUUCCAACGGUUCAACAUACACUGCGGAAUCGGUGCAAAACGCCCAAUUCUACCUCGAGUGUGGUUCGGACUACCAGUCGUACAACAUCGAGUUCCCGCAAGGCUACAAGCCUCCCAGAAACUACAGAAAGCUGGCCAAGCGCGAUCCUAUUGAAGGCGUUAGCUUUGAAAGCUGCGUCGAGUUCUGUGCGAAGCUCUGCGACUGUCAUGACAUCUCCUACCAGUUCUCGACCAGCACUUGCCAGCCGAAGAGCGCGGCGGGACAGAAGGUCCAAGGAUCCAACGACGUGGUCAACGCCCGCCGGACAACGCCCGGCUGUAUCAACGGCUUCCAACCUACCACGCUCUGCACGACUUCGUCCACCUCUGUGAAUCUGUGUGCCAACAAUGGAUGCAGCAAGACUUCUUCCGCCGGCUGUCCAUCGACGGGGUGCAGCCAGCCUUCUACUACCGGCUGCCCAUCGACGGGGUGCAGCCAGCCUUCUACUACCGGCUGCCCAUCGACGGGGUGCAGCCAGCCUUCUACUACCGGCUGCCCAUCGACGGGAUGCAACCAGCCGUCCCCGCCUCCGCCGCCUCCGAGUUGCGGAGGAGGGAAGUGCAAGAAGUCGCCGCCGCCGCCGCCGCCGCCGUCGGGCACGUCAUCUAAUGAUGAUUCCAACCAGACGUCGUCGACGCCGUGCAAUUCGCCUUCCCCUCCCCCUCCCCCACCGCCUCCUACUAGCCGCUGCUCAACGUCGUCGUCGUCGUCGUCGUCGUCGUCGACGCCAUGCAGUUCGUCUUCCUCUCCGCCUCCUCCGCCUCCUCCGCCUCCCCCACCGCCUCCUACUAGCAGCUGCUCAACGUCAUCGUCGUCGUCGUCGACGCCAUGCAGUUCGCCUUCCCCUCCCCCUCCUCCUCCCCCUCCUCCCCCACCUCCUCCUCCACCUCCUACCACUACCGCUAGUUGUGGAGGACCGUCGCCGGCGUGCAACAAGCCGCCGCAGUGGCCGCCGGCGGACAAAUGUAAGGGUGUGCUGAACCACCCGGGCAAGUUGUUCCGGCUGCGCACGCACGUUGUCAGCGGCGCAGGCAGCCCCGAGUUCGAGAACCUCUACGUUGCGGAGUCGCAGUACAACGCGAGCAGCUCGGUGCCGACGCUUUCGCGCAACAUGGCGGAUGGCGGACGCUUCUUCUACGACUCGUCGACGUCGUCGGUCGGGCUGUGGCACGGCAGGUGCCAGUUCUCCGGGCUGACCAUGUUCGGCGACAACGACAUGGACGCCUACUCGCCGGCCUUCAUCACCAACAGCGUCGGCACGCACCGCAUGCAGGUCGGCUGGGGCUCGCUCACGUGGGACAACGACCGGUUCGACGGGUGGGUGGUGUGCCGGGCGCAUUCCAAGGGCGGCGCGCCUCCCGGCUGUGCAUGGUCGCAGGGCGGCAACAAUGGCGGCAACAAUGGCAACAAUGGCAACAAUGGCAACAACAACAACGGCAACAACGGCAACAGUGGCAACAGUGGCAACAACAACACCGGCAACAACGGCAACGGGCAGGGGCAGCAGCAGAAGAACGGCGGCGGCGGCGGCGGCGGCAACCGGCGCAAGCGCGACGGGCAGCAAUCGUGCUACGAGCUCCAGUGGCACGACGCCAUCAGAAACCUGGGCAUUGACACGGAGCGGUGCGCCAAGGUCGAGCUGCUGACGGAGAACGAGCAGUGA